UUUCGGAUACCGAGAAAAUAUCGCACGUGCAUGCAGUCGCCGGGCAGCGACCGCAGCGAAGUGUCCGUCGAAGGACUCAUUGACCGCUUCCGCCAUGGCCUGCCGCUGCACGCGCGGUCGCCGCGACGCACGCCCACCCGCCGUCCGACGCUCGAUGGCAUCAUUGCCCAAGACAUCCACGAGCUCGAUGCGAUCAUCGAGCACGGCCGGACAAAGGAACCCAUGCGUCGGCCAAUAAUGGCAUCGCCAGCAUCGCAUGUCCCCAUGCUGCACCGCACGGUAUCAGUCGAGGACGACAUUGCUGCCAUGCUCCUCCACCAACAACAGCAGCAACAGUCGACGCAGCGACACGAGCCGGUGCGACCGGCCACCGCCGACGUGCACGUGUCAGCGUCCACCGCCGACGUCAUUCGCAACACGGGCAUCGCGAUUGACCGGGACAUGGCCCAGGCGCUCGCGUCGUUCCAGCAAUGGGAGGCAAGCCGGACGGAGAUCGCGCCGUCCCCCGAGGCGCAGGCGGUGGCCACACUGCCACUCUCGGCGCUCACAAUCGCGACCGAGCUCGACGCAGCCUUUGAGCUCCUCAACAAGAAGGCCAAAGAGUACCCGAAACCGGACGCAGCGCCCGUCACCAAGGCGCCGUCCGCCGAGGCCGCCCAAGCCAAGAGUAUUGUGCAGGGCCAUGCGGUCGCCUCGGCGAGGGAGCUCCACGCGACGCUCGAGCGCUUGGAACAAGCAGCGGAGACCGCCGCCGCGACCUCGCCGCAGCUCGACCACAUCGUCCGAAGCCAAGCCAUGACCGACGACCACGACUUGCGUGCCAUCCUCGCCCGCAUCAACAUGGUGGCGCCUAUCGCCCCCACGUUGCUGUUUCCGCCAGCGUUUUCGCCGAGCUUGGAAGGCCCACACGACCCGGAGGCGUCGCUCAUCGACGAGCUGCAACGGCUUAAGGCGAUGGCGGCCGCCAAGACGCACGCCAUCGAGGAGGCGUACGCACCGCUGUCCCCGCCGCCAAGACGCCGCUGUGAACCCGACUCGCCGCGCUCGAGCGACCAGGGUUGCAGCAGUAGCAUCGAUAGGGACAGCAACAACGACGACGACGAAGCCCACGCGUACGACGACGACGAAGCCCACGCGUACGACGACGAUGGGUGCAACUUGGCGAGCUUGGCGCUCCACAGCCGGGCGAUCGUCGAAGACUUGAGCGUUGCCAUGUACACGCUUCGCCACCGGCUCGACUGCGAUGCAAAGGAGCAGCGGGACCGCGACGAGAACGAGCUUCGCGAGAAGGACGCCAGAGCCAAAGCCAAAACGAUGGCGGACGCGGCCAAGGCCAAAGCCAAGAGCGAGGCCAACGACUUGAUCGCUGCCAAGGAGCGCGUCAUGGGCAUGACGUCCUGUCAGUUGGCCGCAAACGAUGACAGUGACGACGUGUUUGUCCCUGCUGUUAAUGUCGAUCCGCGCCGGGACGCAAACCUGCCACCGGCGCCUCGUCCGUGGGACGACGCCGUGGACGUAUUGCAGCGCUUUGAUGCCUUGCUGCCGCCGAUGCACAACAGCAACCAAGACGACGAUCGCUACGUACGACGCCAGCCAUUCUCUUUCGAUCCCGACGCACACGAGACAACGUACAACGGUCAUCGACGCCGAGACGCGCCCCGGUCGUUCGAGUUGGACGGCCGACACGCUUGGCGGGAUGACGAACCUGCGAUCUACAAGGAAGCGCGACAUCGGGACUACAGCGGACUGAGCAUUGAUGAGCUCAAGGAGGCCCGGGAGCGCAAAUUGCGGUGGCUCUUUCCGUCCUCGAGUCGUUUCUAUUGAUGUACAAAGCGUGUUCCAACGCCACAGUCUUGCUAUUCUCCUAGUCGACGCAAGGUGCUGGCCGCCAGCUGCUCUCGGAUCGUUGCGGCCAGUGGACGCCCG